GACGACGACGACGACUGAAAAACAAAUAAUAAUAAAAGCAGUGAAACGGUAAAGUCGGGACGCCCAAAAGAAAAAGAAGAAAAAUUAAAUCGAGAUUACUCAGAGUUUCGCCAUGAGCAAUUCAACGAGAUACAGAAUCGAGCAACAGAUCAUACCAGUGCCCGAUGAUGAUAUCUCGCGGCUACCAAAGGAGAUUCUACUGCGGAUUUUAUCUUAUCUAGAUGUUGUUUCGUUAUGCAGAAGUGCUCAAGUCUCUCGUUAUUGGAAUGUCCUUGCCCGUGAUGGCUCUAAUUGGCAAAAAAUUGACCUAUUUGACUUUCAAAGAGAUAUUGAGGGUCCCGUUAUCGAGAACAUUUCAUACCGUUGCGGAGGCUUUCUCAAAUCCCUCAGUCUUCGUGGAUGCAAGUCCGUUGGCGAUCAAAGUAUUCGAACACUCGCACAGCACUGCCACAACAUUGAGCACCUCGAUUUGUCGGAAUGCAAGAAGAUAACGGAUCUCGCGACACAAGCCCUCAGUCGAUAUUGCUCCAAACUCGCAUCAAUUAACUUGGAUUCGUGCUCUCAAAUAUCUGAUUCGAGUUUAAAGGCAAUAUCCGAUGGAUGUCCCAAUCUCGUCGAAAUUAACGUUUCCUGGUGCCAUUUGAUCACAGAAAAUGGCAUUGAGGCACUCGCACGUGGCUGUAAUAAGAUCAAAAAAUUCAGUUGUAAAGGAUGCAAACAAGUUAACGACAGAGCCGUCACAGCAUUAGCUCUUUACUGUCCGAACAUGGAAUGUUUGAAUUUACACAGUUGUGAUAGCAUAACAGACAUUUCCAUACAAAAAAUAUCAGAAAAGUGCAUUAAUUUGAAGCAACUGUGUGUCUCAAAGUGCGCCGAUCUAACAGACCAAACACUAGUCGCUCUGGCACAGCAUAAUCCAUAUUUAAAUACUCUUGAGGCAGCUGGAUGUCAUCAAUUCACAGAUUUGGGCUUUCAGGCAUUGGGAAGAAACUGCAAAUACUUGGAGAGAAUGGACUUGGAGGAAUGUAAUCAAAUAACAGACUCUACACUUGCACAUUUGGCAACUGGCUGUCCCAGCUUGGAAAAAUUAACACUAUCGCACUGUGAACUAAUAACUGACGAAGGUAUUCGGCAACUCGCUGCCGGUUCGUGUGCCGCCGAAAGUCUUUCUGUCCUCGAAUUAGACAAUUGCCCGUUGAUAACGGAUGCCACGCUCGAGCAUUUGAUAUCGUGUCACAACUUGCAGCGAAUAGAGUUGUACGACUGUCAAUUAAUAUCGCGACAAGCCAUACGCCGACUGCGAAAUCAUCUACCAAAUAUUAAAGUGCAUGCGUAUUUUGCGCCCCAAACGCCCCCCAUAACGCCUCAAGUACGUCCUCGCUAUUGCCGGUGCUGCGAAAUUCUCUGAAAUCAGGUGGUGUGUCUCGCACGAAAAGUAUUAUUAUGCCGUGACUUGAAUGACUGAUCUUCUCUGCUCCGACGCGAGAGAGUGGCUUAAUUUAUGAAUUAUACAACAUAUUAAUAUCUACACAUAUAUACAACAAGAACAACUAAAUAUGUUUAGAAAAAAUGGCUAAAAAUCAGCUAAACUCACAUACAAACACGUUGUCGUUUAAAACAUUAACAAGUUAUUAGUUAUUAAUCCAUGUUUUUUAGCAUUUUUGACAAUUGUGUAAUACUACUUUCGAUUUUUAAAUAUAACAAACAUUAAACAUUCACUCCGAAACUUCCU